UGGAAUUAAGAACGAGGCUUUCUGACGAGUUUAGAGCAGCAGCGUAGAUCAGCUCUGGAGAGCUAACCCCUCCGGUAGUCGCAUAUAGUUGCUUUGAAGGGGACAUGGCGUCAGAAAACAUCUCCGCAAGUCCACUGACGGCCAGUAAUCGGGACGUCGCUCGGCACGAAAGCUCAGAUUCAAUAGGCAUUAAGAAUGUCGACUGGAAGGCUAGUGAUCGGGAUGUCGCUCGGCUCGGAAGCUCGGAUUCAAUAGGCAGUAAGAAUGCCGACUGGAAGCUGGGGAGGCCUCAAUUGGCACCUUUGUCGGAAUCCACUGCUACAUCCCUACAUUCUGUUUCCGCCGUUGACAAGCCAAAUAUACCAUUGCCAGAAGAUGAAGGGCAGUCGGAGACCAUAACGAAAGGCCAGCAAUCACUGGACGAUGUCCGUGGACGUGUGGCGAUACGUGAGCUUCGUGAGCAGCUCGGCUCCAUGCCGCUUGUAAACCACACGGCAGCGGAACAAGGCGGUGACAGAAUUGGGUUCGGUAAUGGUGCUGGCAAGCGCAAUAGCCGUCUAUCGGUGCCAGAUGUAAGCAAAGUCGACUUCGUGAUCGGAGGCCCCGGCAUUGGCGCAUCUCGCGCGACAUCUACAGAAACCAAUUCUCGCCGAGCCAGUGGUCAAAUGGGUUCCGGCACUACGCAGCCCGCACAGUCGCGAAGUAACACCUCCUCGCGACGACCGACGUUUCAAGGGAAAGCGGCUCUCAUGUCCGCCGUGCAGCGUAGAAUGUCGGCAGUAGAUGUUAGCCAAUUAGGCAUGCAGGUUCCAGGAGCCAACGCCGAUGGUGAAGACGCAUCGGGCACUGGACACGAGAAGCCAAUCAUUCUAAUGUACCCGCGGAAGGAAGUGCUGGUUGGCGGUUCACUCAGCGAUAUGUCUUCGCGUUCCCGACAUGGAAGUAUGGUAACUGAUCGGAAAGAUGGAAGCAACGGGAGCAGAAGUGGCAGUCUCUCGCUACAUCAAGCAAGUCAUUCUUCGAUGCCCCGCAGUGGAAGCCUGGGAGGGUUGUCAAAGGGGACAGGAUCCCGAAAGCGUAAUUCAGGCUCACAGAGUGGGAAACUGGCUGCGAGCGUGAGCAUGGGUGCUUUGGCAGCAGCUGGAAGUGCUAGAGCCACUUUAGCUAGACAAGCUCGAGAGUCGGCGGCUGAACAGGCCUCUGGGUCGCGAUACGCUUCGUCAAGUCUGCCCCGCAAUAAUGGGAGAAAUAAUUCCCGUAGCAAUACCCGCCUCGCCCAACGAGCUAACAGUGACGAGCAAGUAGCAGAGAAAAUUCACCCGAAUGAUGCUGUCCGACCCAGCCCGUUAAGAGAAAGCGUAGUGUCACAACCGGAGACGGGGACACCAUCGCAGGCGUUUCACAGCCGCGCCAUGUCGGUCGUGGGAGACAUGGAUGAGAGUCAUCGAGCAAAUCCCGAUUACUACGAGUAUCUCAUGUUGUGUCAGCGGCAUGCUAGCAACAAUUUCAUCCAUAAGAUUGAUUCGUCGGAAGUAGUUUGGAGACAGGAGGCCACGAAGGCGAAACUGAUCGACCGCUAUCUGUUGGGAGAGCAGAUUGGAAAGGGCGCUUUUGGGAAAGUGAAGGAGGGAUUAUGCUCUGAGACUCUGCAAAGAGUCGCCAUCAAAGUCAUCAACAAAAAACGUUUACGAAAAAUGCCGAACGGGGUGGAAAACGUCAUUCGGGAGAUCAAACUUUUGCGCCGACUCAAACAUCGAAAUACCAUUCGCCUCAUCGACGUGUAUUGCAAAGUUGAAGAUGAAGAGGGCAACUUUGGGGUAUUUAAUUGGUUUUCGAGCAUCGAAGAAGAACCGAUUGCAUGGCGGUUUGAGGACGGCACAGAAGCUGAGCGAGAUGUAGAGAUACUGAAAUGGUAUCUAGUGUUUGAGUACUGCCCGUGUGCACUACAAACCCUUCUCGAACAAGCGGACGAGAAACGCCUACCAAUACCUAGAGCACAUCGUUUUUUUGUGCAACUGAUAGAAGGACUGGCAUAUGUACAUUCGCAAGGAGUCGUACAUAGAGACAUCAAGGCUGGAAAUAUGCUAAUUACGCCUGACAAUGUGCUGAAGAUAUCCGAUUUCGGUAUCGCUGAGCAAUUCUCCACAUACAGUGACGCUCCGAUGGACGUCACUUCCUUUGCCGGAACUCAUCAAUUCUUAUCGCCUGAAGUUGCUGAGGGAGUCGCUCAAGCACGCGGCGAGGCUGUUGAUGUAUGGGCGUGUGGAGUGACACUAUUUAACAUGCUCACCGGACGAUACCCCUUCGAGUUCGACGAAGAUGGCAAUCUGCUCACAUUAUAUGAGAAAAUCGUGGAAGGGAAUUUCGAAAUGCCAGCGGAAUUUCAGCCAGAUUUGAAGAACCUUCUAUCAGGAAUGCUGGACAAGAACCCGAAAACACGACUGACUACAGAUCAGAUAUUGGCACAUCCAUGGGCACGCACGUUUUUCCACGAGUCUCUUCGGCCCCCAGAACCGAUUCUGGCAUAUCCAAGUGCCGCUGAGAAGGCCGAGACGCCUACGCCGACGGACCGGAAGUCAGUGGCUAAGACCGGCUCCGGCCAAGUGCUCAACGUCAUGGUUUCUUCAAAAUCCUCUGGUCUGUCGAAUGGAAAGGCGACCGAAGUCCCAGCCCCUCCAUUACAUAUCACUCCUUGCGAAACAACCUUAGUGCCGUAUCUGGAGCAGCUUUUCGCAGACGAGAUUGAAGAGGAGCUAAAGACUGUGGGCAAGCUUGAGGAUUUGAUAACGCCGGCAGGGAGCAAGUCUUCGGAGGAUGUCAAGUCCCCCCAGAAGCAUCAUACGUCCAGGUUACCACACUGGCUGUCUCACAUCUUCAGCCACAAGAAGCCGGCUGACAAAAAAUUGCCAUCGGAUCAGAAGCACGCGAGCAAACCUUCGAGCAAAUCUCCCUCUGCCCCAGCGAUUGCCGGAACGCGACAUAUGGUGUCAUAAACGCAUAUCGAAUUGUAACAUCUGUAUAUCUGCCUCCUUUACCGCACUUGAUUUCAUAUUGAUUCCGAAAAUAUGUAUAUAUGAAUGGGCACAA